AUGGAACAGCUUCUCUGGACGGUGACGGAGCUUCUCCAGGCAGCCCAGCGCCUUACGUUGGCCAGCUUCGCCCGGGCGGUGAGAGCGUCCCUCCCCCCGCAAGAGUCUCCUGAGACGAACUUCCCGAUCGUUCAGGACGCCAUCGCCAUCGACAAGCUUCAGGCUGGCCCUUCUUCCUGA